GAACAAAAAAAUCCCGCGGGAAAAUGAAGAUGCAAAGGAAGACGACGAGAGACAAAUUUGAUCUCCUCCCAAUCUCCUUGAAUCUCAGUUUCCAGAGCUAAUCAUGGCUGCGACUCUUUUGUCUCGAUGCUACCGUAUCUACAAUUGCGAUGCGUGCAAAUGUGUUUCUUCCGAGAAUCACCAGACGACAGGGAAGCGAAAUUGGAACCGGAAUCUCGUAUUCGACCGGAGAUUCUCGAAUCCAGCCCGGAUAGCUCUUCGGGAACGAUCCAGGCUAACUAAGCUCAAUGAUCUUGCGCUCAAGCGCGCGCUACGCGAGUUUGCCGAUUCCGGCCUCAUGGAGGAUGCACUCCACCUGUUCGAUGAAAUGAACAAAGCUGAUGCUUUCGUGUGGAAUGUGAUGAUCAGAGGUUUCGCUAGCUGUGGGUUGUAUCACGAAUCGGUUCAAUUUUAUUGCAGGAUGGUGUUUGCAGGAAUCAAAGCCGAUUCCUUUACUUAUCCGUUCGUGAUCAAGUCGGUUGCCGGAAUUUCGUCGUUGAAAGAAGGAAAGAAGGUUCACGCGAUGGUUAUCAAGCUUGGGUUCUAUUCAGAUGUUUACGUAUGUAAUUCUCUUAUAUCCUUGUACAUGAAGCUCGGAUGCGCGUGGGAUGCAGAGAAAGUGUUCGAAGAAAUGCUUGAGAGAGAUGCAGUCUCGUGGAAUUCCAUGAUUUCUGGGUAUCUUGCGCUUGGAGAUGGCUUACGCUCGCUGAUUCUGUUUAAAGAAAUGCUGAAAUGCGGGUUUAAACCGGAUAGGUUCAGUACCAUGAGCGCUCUAGGUGCUUGUUCUCAUGUUUAUAGUCCAAAAAUGGGAAAGGAGAUACAUUGCCACGCUAUUCGAAGUAGCAUUGAAACGGGUGAUGUUAUGGUGUUGUCAUCAAUUCUUGACAUGUACAGUAAAUAUGGUGAAUUGAUCUGUGCAGAGAAGGUAUUUAACGGUAUGAUCCAGAAGAACAUCGUAGCUUGGAACAUUAUGAUCGGAUGUUAUGCUAGAUAUGGGCGGGUCAUUGAUGCUUUUCUUUGUUUUCAGAAAAUGUCAGAGGAAAAUGGGUUGCGACCAGAUGUUAUUACAUUGAUAAAUCUGCUUCCUGCUUGUGCUAUCUUAGAGGGUCAAGCGAUUCACGGGUACGCAGUGAGGAGGGGCUUUCUUCCUCAUAUAGUAUUGGAAACUGCUCUGAUUGAUAUGUAUGGAGCAUGCGGGCUGUUAGAAGCAGCUGAGGUUAUAUUUGAUCGAAUGGCUGAGAAGAAUUUGGUCACAUGGAACUCGAUUAUUGCUGCUUAUGUGCAGAACGGGAACAACUAUUCAGCUUUGGAGCUAUUUCAAGAGCUCUGGGAUUCAUCGCUUGUGCCUGAUUCCACAACAAUCGCUAGUAUUCUACCAGCUUAUGCAGAGUCUCUCUCCCUGAGUGAAGGUAGACAACUUCAUGCUUAUAUCGUAAAAGCCAGGUACGGGUCAAACACUAUCAUCUUGAAUUCACUCGUCCACAUGUAUGCCUUGUGUGGAGACCUCGAGGAUGCAAGAAAAUGUUUCGACCACGUCCUGUUCAAGGAUGUUGUUUCAUGGAACAGCAUCAUCAUGGCCUAUGCGGUACACGGUUUCGGGAGAAAUUCGAUUUGCUUAUUCUCAGAGAUGAUGACUACUGGAGUAAAUCCAAACAAGAGCACCUUUGCCUCGCUAUUAGCAGCAUGUAGCAUUUCCGGUAUGAUCGAUGAAGGCUGGGAUCAUUUCAAUUCAAUGAAAAGAGAAUACGGGAUCGAUCCUGGAAUAGAGCAUUAUGGGUACAUGCUGGAUCUCAUUGGUCGUACAGGAAACUUUAGCUCAGCCAAGAGAUUCAUUAAGGAAAUGCCAUUUGUGCCAACAGCUCGAAUCUGGGGAUCCUUGUUAAACGCAAGUAGAAACCACAACAACAUUACCGUAGCUGAAUUCGCAGCAGAGCAGAUCUUUAAGGUGGAACACGAUAACACGGGAUGCUAUGUCUUGCUUUUGAAUAUGUAUUCAGACGCUGGAAGAAUGGAAGAUGUUAAUAGGAUCAGGCUUCUCAUGAAUAGCAAAGGUAUAUCAAGAAAAACGAGUCGCAGUACUGUUGAGACGAAGCACAGAACUCAUGUGUUCAUAAACGGAGACAGAUCCCACGCGGAGACAAACAAGAUCUAUGAAGUCUUAUAUAUUGUCUCGAGGAUGAUUGAGGAUGAAGAAGACAGUUAUGCUCACUGUGUUUCGAAGUUGAGACCAGAGACUCUAUUGAAGAGAAGAAGCAGUUCAACAAAAAGACAUUCGGUAAGACUCGCCACGUGUCUUGGAUUGAUCUCUACGGAAACAGGAAGACCAGUUAUGGUGAGGAACAACACGAGAAUCUGCAGAAAAUGUCACGAGUUCUUGGAAAAGGCUUCGAAAUUGACCAGAAGAGAGAUCGUUGUGGGAGAUUCCAAGAUUUUUCAUCAUUUCUGUAAUGGUCGUUGCUCGUGUGGAAACUACUGGUGAAAGAAAACCUGGUUGUCUAGUA